AAAAAAUGGGGCUAACGUACAACGGCGAGUUUCAGUUCUCGCUGUUCAAUGAUGUUGCAGGAGUAACUCAUCUCGUUUAUGUACAAUAUCUUUGUCGCGCACAUGCCUGUAGCACAGACUGUUCCUAUUUUGUAAGCAGGUCCUUUCCCAGCCGUGCUGCAGGGCCGUUUCUGUCACGAUCGAAGUCGUGUCAGUGUAAUCGUUCAUACCAAAGGAGUGGGGCAGAGAAUAUACCCCGAAUAACGAUACGGAUGUAUCCGAAAUACUGCAGUCAUAUGCCUGUCUCAUUUGACCCGGUAGCUGUUGCACUCAUGGUCUGAGACCUUUGGUUCUGCUCAGAGCAGUGGAUCCACUUCUCUGCUUCUGCUGAAGACCGUUUGCUCAACAGAACCUGUCAAACAGACCAGACGACCUCCUAAAAACAUGAGAUAACCUUUGGUAGAGGAAAACUACGACUACAAUAACGCUGUGUCCUGAAAACGGAUUUCCUUAUGAAGAGGAGCCGCUGUCUUUAGCCGUGGACUGGAUGUUGUAUCUGAGGAAACAGUCUCUUCAAGAGUCCAGUAACUAUGUUCUUACUGUCCAGCGCAUCUCGUCACAUCGGAAGAGGCGAAACUUCGCUCCGUGAUCCUAUUAAGAGGAUUUGCCUGAAAAUGUCGUCCACUUCGGAUAAGAGUCUGCGAGUUUUGGUGGACAUGGAUGGGGUCCUGGCGGACUUCGAGGGAGGGUUUCUGAAGAAGUACCGGACCAGGUACCCAGAGGAGCCCUACAUCACUCUGAAUGACAGGAGGGGGUUCUGGGUGUCAACGCAGUACGGACAGCUGAGGAGUGACCUCUGUGUGAGUGACAAAGACUGGCUUUAUCGGCACCAAAACGCGGUUUGUUUGGGAGGUGUGGGGUGUGAAGAAAGGGACGAGCUCUAUUUGGAUAAAUUUAAAAAAUGAAACAAAGAAAUGUAACUUCAAGGCCUUCACUUUUAUGCUGAAAAAAGGUCAAGUUUAAACUAAAUAUUAAGUUUCAUCUGUCAGUCCAAAGGGGUAUUGACAUCUGACAGCAAGCGGUUUUAGAGCCACUUCCAAAGUGUUCUUAGUAGGUUUCAGUAACCAGAGUUGUAUUUCUUUUUUGUUCUCCACAUACAUCGUGCUUUAUUGUGAAAAGUUCCGGUGUGCCUCAGCGUCUCCCCAAACUUUUGGAGAGGUGACCAGAUGCAGCGCAAGAUGGCGGACCCAAAGAUAGAAAACCACAUUUACAAAACGCAAUAAGUUCCUCCGAUUGGCGGACCCAAAACAAUUACUUCCGGUGGAAAGGCUUUCUCGUUGGCGGACUUCCGGCGCCGAAAUACUUCAGGUAGUCGGAUUUAGUCGCCGGAUCCUUUUUUUUUUGCUCCGUUCAUUCCAUAAGAAUCGAAUUAAAUUUAUUAUUGAGCUAAAAAUCAAAAUAAAACGUUUAUGUAUUAAUUAUGACUACUGUUUUGUUCUGAUUUAAUUCUGAAGUUUACAGUAAUAUGUAUAUAUAGCCUGAUGUCCUCAUAUUCUGAUAAUUUGUCAGAAUAGGUAAAUGUAUGUAGAAGUUAUCAUCUUACUCAAAUUCUUUUGUAAGAGUUUGCUACAAGUAUGGACUGUUUUAACCUCUCGUUACACAUCAUAUAACAGUGUUUUCUAACUUUUCUCUCCAAUAGCUUUAUUACACAGCACAUCAAUGUUUCUUAACUUCUCUGUGACCUUGUUUCUCCACUCCUAUUAGGACCUCGUUUAAUGUCAACAAUGUUGCCCUGACCCUCACAUAUUUUCUGUUGUUCAUAAUUAUGUUUUAUGAGAGUGCUUAUGUUGCUGCACAAAUUUACUCCCCCCAUCCUUUAGUAACAUUGUGUAACCAGGGACAUAAUUUAUGAAAUGGUGUGCUUCCUGGUGAACCUCUUCAGGAUUGCUUGACUGUGCAAAAUCCAAGUAUACAAUAGUUGUAGAGACACAAGUCACAUGAUCUCUUUAAGGUUCAGAAGAGCCAUAUAGCAAAAACAAUUGAAUAGCGAUAUCAUUACAGACUGUGUAAAGAAAUGGGAAAUUGUCAUACAACUGCUUUGAAGAUUUCUUUAAUUUUUUCCAAACAAAAUUGUGAACAGUAAAAAAAAAUAUAUAUAUACAAAAUUCAGCACUGCCGUCGGUGUGGUGGGGGGCUUAAAACACGUUGCCACAGGCCAUCAUCAGCUCUGCUCUGAACCGGUUGAUGCCAUGCUCCUUCAGUGCUUUGAUCAAAAGCUGAAAAACAGUCAAAUAAUGUGAACAAUUGAAGUUAUGCAGUAUGGGUUAAUUGUUGUUCUUGAGCUUUCCAAAUGAAUAAGAACAACCUCUUAACAAUAUCAUCAUUUUUCAAAGCAAGCUAUAUAGUUUGAUCUACUCACCUCUGGGAGCAUGACGUCAAAAACGAAAUCAAGCAGAUGAAUCUCGCCUCUCUUUAUUUUUUUAGAAAUGUUUGUUGCCACCUCAAUGAACCGCAGGAGCUCGAACAUCUAUUGAAGAAAAACACAGAAAGUAAACACCUUUCAAAUGUAACACCCCUGAGAGUAAAAAUACUCAUGAUGGAUGGCAUUUUUACUUACGCGCUGCUCACUCCAACUUAGUGUCCUUAUCUUAAGAUGCUGCUUUAGUCGGAGUGAGGUGGCGGGAUUCCUCCAAAGGAACAUUCUGUUGGAGCGGAUCUUUCCAGACAGUAGAUCAUCGUGUAAUGUCUGAAACCAAAGAGCAAGAGACAAAAAUGUAAUCAUCUGAAAAAGAAACGGUGGCUUUAACAACUGAUAGUGCAUUCAAAAGCAACCUUGAUCUGUGUCUUAGAAAAGACAGCAUGAAUUCCUCAACUGUCAACAGCAUCCUUGAUCCUGCAGAGAAAUAAGAAAAGAGCAAGCCCUCAUUUUUUCAUCCUUUGAGCCUCGUAUUUUUGACUGAUACUAUGUUUCCUUGAUAAAUUAUGUUAUACCGAGGAUGCUCAAUGGAGUCCUCGCACCCGCAGUCAAACGGCUCCAUUUCAAUCCCAGCACAAUCCUGAUGCAGCCAGCCCCUGCACGUCUUGCACUGGACCCAUUUUAUGACGUUUACCUCAGGGUAAAGCAAUCUGAUCAAAUGAGAGACAAACAUAAUAUCAAACAAACACGCUGUCCAAUUGAUUAUACCUCUGCAGCACAUUUGAAUGUAUAAAUAAUUUUCCUGCAUGAUUCGUGCAUUUAAACUAUAUGUAAAAGUGGUCACUUCAUGGAAAAUCACUGAAUAGGCCCCGAUAAUUGCAUUCAUUAAAUUGAGUCUGCAACACACCUCUCUCCUGUGUUGUUCGAUGUCUGGUAGACACAGAAUUGCAUUGAAUCUGCCAUGCACAUUCUUUGGACAUCCGAUACCGUCUGCGUCAUGGUUUCCUUGACAAGGCAAUUUGAAAAGUAACAUCAAUUACCAAAUACAUCGAGACAAUGUUGAUCCAUACAACUGUGUGCAUUUUGAAGGACUCCCACUGAGAUAAUACUGUUUUUACAAGGCAAUUUCCUAACCUCUGUGUCCUGCUGCUCUGCCUUCCUCUUUAGACUGAAGACCGGAGUAUGCUUUCCAGCAAUGAGCUCUUGACAUUCUUUGGUCCAGUGGGCGAAGAUUUUCCCACAACUGUAAUGACAAUAUGUCUUUAAGUACAAUAUAUUGAUUGUCUUCCAGUUAAUUAGGACAUCUAGUUUACUUAAACUGUCUACCUGUUCAAAGAAUUGUUCUCCAGGAGCAACAGGCACCACCAUCGCCGCCAAACAGGCAUGUCAUGCUGAAAUUGUUGUUUGUAUUUCAUUUUAGUGCACAAUACAAAAUACAAUCUUGAGGAUGACACUGCGUGUUGAAAAGUACUUACAACUGAGUAGUCAAACUGUGACUCCAUAACGAUGUACAUGGCAGACUUUAAAAAAAAAAUUAUGAGACAACAUGUGAGAUAACUUUAAAAAAGUCCAUGUUGGAAAGUUAUUCUAGAUACAAUAUUUGUGCAUUACAGCUCGUUAUGACCUACCAUCAACAUGAAUAUGCCACAGUCUGAGCCGAAGUCCUGGCUGGGGAAGCCCUGAUUUAACAAAAGCAAACGUUAAUCAUCUUGUCACAUACACUUUGUAGGAGCCAGAUUGGGGUUUUGCAGUUUAUUGUUAUGUAUUUUUUGUGCCAGCAGAUGGUGCUAUUGUGCCCGUCUAUUUAAUGGGUGGGUUGAUUAGGAGAGGUGCGCACAUAAAAUGAUGAAUGAGUAAAUAAAUCAAAACAACAGAAAAUGUGUGUGACAUGUGACAUUAUUCCACCUGCGGGCACACAUCAACUCAAGCAAAAAGGUGUUCGCCACAAGUAACAGCAUUGGAAAGCUGUUAUACACUUUUCAACUGUAAUAUAGAGCAUGCACAAAUACCUCCAAAUCUCUGCCCGUUUUCUCAGUCCAUUGCCCAGGACAUAUCUUCUGCGCAAUGUUCCUGUUAAUUUGAGAGCGUCACUUAGAUUUCCCAUGAUGGAAACAAUGGAAUGCAGGGUUAGGGUUAGUUUGAGUGGUCGGAGGUGAGAUUGAAUGAAUGCGGACGGCUUGCUUCUUUUCAAACUUCCUGAGAGUUCUUCUUCUUCUGUAAAUUUUGCCGUCAGAAAGUGUAGGUACAUACCGCCACCUACUGUUCUGGCAUCGCAAAGCAGAAGUUCAAAGUUCAUGUUUUGGGUCCGCCAAUCGGAGGUAAUGCGGAAACUUAUUGCGUUUUGUAAAUGUGGUUUUUUAUCUUUGGGUCCGCCAUCUUGGCGCUGCAUCUGGGUACUCUUGAACUUUUGUGAUUGUUUUUUCUAUUAUUUCGAACUGAUAGAAGAAACAAAAGUAUAAAAACAUGCACAACCAAAGCACUAACAUUUACAGAAAAACACAGGCAUGGUAAACAGUCUUGAUGUACAGGAUUUAAAGAGAUGGCAGAAGAUUGAGAUUAUAAGGGAAAGGUAGAAAAUAGAAAGCAAGAAGGAGGCAGACUGAAUUGUAUUAUUUAUUUAUUUUUAGAUUUUUGCCAUGCUGAUAUGAGAGAGCAGGUCAGUUGAUGUCUAAUAAGUAUAAUGAUGUUUUUCAUUUGGCAUCAUAAGGCACUAUAAUGACACUAACAAAUGAGAAACAAAACUGUUGAAUUUGAUCAAAUAUCUUAUUAAACAGACAAAAAAAUUACGGGUCUUAUACAUCAUGACAUAAUUCAUGUCCAGCAUUAGUCGGCAGGUUUAGAUGUGGUUUGCUGUCUCUGGGGAUGGGAGAAUAUGUUCUCCAUGUAGCUAGUUCUGUACGUUUUGUGCUGAUGUCUUACAGAUUAAGUCAAAAGGUCUUGAAUCAGCUAGGCUAUCUGUAAGACAAGCUUUAAUUUUCUGUAUAUACUGUGGUGAUGAAUGUUUUUAUCUCAUUGUGAUUAAUGUUUAGGUUUGGUUAAGCUCUUAAAAACAUGUUACUUUGUGAUAAAAGAUUGCUUAUAGUUAUUUAUAUUUUGAUAACCAGGUCUAAUGCAUUAUCUUUGAGGAAGAAAAUUAACAUCAAACUUUGAGGACAGCCAGAGAUGUAAGUCUGCCCAGAAAGCCCCCACACAAAUGCAGUAAAAAUAGACAUGCUCAGCCCCACCCGACACACUCCCCUACACUCUUUACACUCCCCCUCCAUUUGCACUGACAGAAAAUACAAUUACUCAAUCACAGAAACCCAAAAUUGAAAAGUUUUUUAUUUUAACAUACUCACGAUCUGUUCUGGGUCCUAAAAAAUUUCAGGCUUUUAGAUAAUGAUGUUUUUAGUUUCACAAGUAGGCUGUUUACAGUAAGUUAUCAGGUUGUAAACAGCACAAUGAAAAUAUUAGAGUCUACUCCAUGUUGGAUUGGAACUCAGGAGGGACCAGAGAGUCUAAAACAUGGAUGUAGUCUGUAAGUUUCUGAAGUAGGGUUUUGACAUCCAGAGUCCCACUACAGUGGUGAUGCUGACCCAACCUAACGUUUAUGUUCUUUAUCAACUCCAGGAAAAAGCCAUCAGUAUCUGGGAGUCCAAGGACUUCUUUAUGGAGCUGGACCCUCUACCAGGAGGAGUAGAGGCUGUUAAGGAGAUGGCCAAGAUGGAUAAGUGAGUCUGAUGCAGUAUGCAGUUUCUUCAGCUGGUCUGUCUGCUGCUGAUUCACCUGCAGGAUCUAAGACAGAUGUGUUCAAUGUAACUGACAGAAGGGCUUGGUGUUGUGAGGCCGUUUCUCUGACGGCAGUGUGUAGUCAGAUUACAGAGAAUGAAUUCUGUCUGUGAGGAUGUUGAGCUUCAUGCUCUUCAUGCUUGGUUAUGUAGGUUUCAGACGUUUAAGCCUGUCAUAAAUCUCCAACAAAAAGACCUACAGAUCCAUUGAGAAACUUUUUGUUGUUUUUAUUGCAGUCUGUAACAUCUGCAUUUUUAUGACUGUUUUUGGCAGUGUUUCAACUGAAUUCAGCUCCAGCUAAUGCCAUAAAAUAUAAUUAAAAAUCAACACUGUGUUCACACAUGCUCUCCAAUUGGACAUGCAUGUUUUUUAAACCACUGGUGCCUCAGUGAACCAUUUAUCUAAUCAGAGAAAUUUGCCACAUGUGAGUGCAUAGUUUAUCUUUACUUUUUGUCUCAGGAGCCCUCCCAGCUUCUUAUUAAUCAUUAACUGCAGAUCUAGUGUGUCAGUCAGGUGAGCCACAGAAAAGUUUUAUUUUUAAACUUUGCUGAAGACUCUGUUGUUUUGUUUCUUCACAGUACAGAAGUCUUCAUUUGUACCAGCCCCAUCAAACACUACAAACACUGUCCAUAUGAGAAGGUAAACUCACUGCUCAUCCAGCUAUUUCUAUGACCGUUUCAUUUGGAUUUGAUCUGAUCUGAUCUGAUCUGAUGUGUGUGUGUGUGUGUGUGUGUGUGUGUGUGUGUGUGUGUGUGUGUGUGUGUGUGUCUCCAGUAUGCCUGGAUAGAGAAGUAUUUUGGCCAUGACUUUCUGGAGCAGGUCAUCUUGACAAGAGACAAGACAUUAAUCACUGGAGACGUCCUUAUAGAUGACAAGCCUGACAUUCUUGGUGAGACCUUGCUGCACUCUGUUGUCGUGGACCCAAAUGCAAGAUUAUCCAAAACACCAAAACAACUCAGAUUAAACCUGCAAGUGGCAAUAAACAGACCCUAUCUUCCAUGUGCUCACUAAUUGUGGGUGCAUAUCAGGGUUUGCUUAUCCAGCAGACAGCUGAUGAAGGUAAUACUUAAUUUUCUGUUGUUGUGUCCUAAUCAGGGGUGGAGCCCAAACCAACCUGGGAACAUGUGCUGUUUACCGCCUGCCACAAUAAGCAUCUUUCCGUCAGCCCCUCACAGAGACGACUCCUGUCCUGGUACGAUGACUGGAGGUCCAUUCUGGACAGCAAGAGGAAGUGAGAGGCCCUUUCACCCACCUGCCUAACAAUGUCAGCAACUCCUGUGGGCGCAGAGGGUCAGAGGGAUCAGUAUCUCACAGAUGCAACACCAGUAUUGAUGCUCAGAAACAAGAGAACACAAACAAAAAAGCCUCAUGGAGGAGAGACACUUUACACAGAACAGACCUCUGAUGGACUCUGCAAGGAGAGCAUGUUACACUGUUUGACGUGGGUGUGUGUGUGUGGGGGGGGGAGAGUCAAAAGAGUGAAGUUGAUGUUUAAAUCUCCAGUAUUUUCAUUGGCUCAGACACAACAGCUGGAGUGAAUGGUCGUCCCAAUCAAAGACUUGUAUGUGAUAAGUAACUCACAACAGCAUGGCACUCCACCACUCUCUGAAAAGUACAGAAUAGUCUCCUCGAGUCAUUAGCACGGGCAAAGAAGUGCAAUUCAUCAAUACACAGCAAACACUGUGACGCUAAGUCAAACUUAAAUCUACCUGUAUACAUCCGUUUACAUGUACUGUAAAUCUGGACUCUGUUAAUAUGUUUCAAUGUGUUUGUGUCACAAGUGGUAGUGUCAUGUACAUGAACACUCACAUGAUAUACAGUCUGACCUCAAGGUUUUUAAGGGUGUAUAUGAUGAUGAUGGUGCUUGGACUGAAUCAGGAUUUCUAGCUGUAAUGUAAAGCCCUGUACUUCUACUUUUAUCCUAUUCUGUAACAAAUACUUACCUCACUUUCUUUUUAAAGAACUUAAAAAAAUCCUCAUUAAAAUAAACAUCAAAACUACAGUUUAAACCAUUUUCUAUUCUGUACCAGAAUAGAAAAAUAAAUCUUUAAACAGACCUCAAAACUAGAGACUCUUUUGACCUCGAGAGGUGUUGUCAUAACCAACUGACUUUAUUAAUUCCAUUAAAAAUGAAGACUGUUUUUGUGUUUUAUUAAAACUAUGUCUAAUAAAACAAAUGGGCUCUCAGAUGACAAAGUGAAGUGCUGGAAACCCUCCUAGUAGAGAGCAUUUGGCUCAGAGUCCCACAAAAUUAGCUGAAACCAUAUUAUUAUCAGCGUCCUGUUUCCACCCGCAGUUCCUCAGUAAAGGGGCAGAGCUGGCUGACAUCCAUUGUGGCUAGAAAAAAAGCUGUAACUCAUACAACCGUAUUUAAAUAUAAGGAAAUUUCCUUUUAAAAAGCAAGCAUAUUUGGAUAUGUUCAUGUUCAGUUUACUUUGAUCUGCAGCAUUUCCUUUCAUCAUCUUUGAUCUCAACCAAGAACUAUGACAUUUCCAAACUUUUAUAAGCCUGGUAGCCUACAGACAGACAGCUAUUAUUGAAAACAUAAAAGUAUCCCAUAGCCCUCUGUUGACUUUAACCACAUCAGCAGACAGUUUUGUGUGAAUCGCAGGAUGUCUACACUGGUACAGAGACUCAGUACCACAGCAGUCUUUAGAUACAGGGAUAGAUAUAUUCUUCUCAGAUUAUAGAAGUCAUGAACCUCCAGAACAUGUACGCACCUGUGAGGAUUUUUACCUGGUUAUGAAACUUACAAACCAGACCACCAGGAAGAUGUUGGGAUGAUUGGGACACGUGACAUAUUUCUGUCACAUCGAAGAUGUGAACCCUUCAUUUUGUAAUUUUCAGGUGAAUGGGACAUAUCUUAUGGCUGAGUUAGGACAGCAUGAGCAGAAUAAUCCACACUACGGCUUUGUUUCACACCCUUGUGUGAUCUGAAACUCUAUAUCAUUUCAGUCCUAGUCUAUAGUCUAUUAGUGAAAAUAUUAACAUGAUUUAUCCAUGCUAACUUUAGUUGAACUAACUAUUGAAUAUCUUAUGCCUGCUAGGUCAGGUUGUAACACUGUAAUUACUUUUUAUUUACAAGUUUACAGUGCUUUGACAUAUAGUCAUAGAGCACAUAGAAAAAGAAAGAUGAAAACAAAAAGCUCAGUAAAAACAGAGUUGAAGGCCAUUUUCAUGUCAUAAGGAAUUGUGAUUGUUUAAUACAUGAAAAAACAACAUUUAACUCUAAUUAGUCCUGAUUUAUGUUUCCUUUCCUGACAGAUGUUAAAUGUGUUUCUGUUCUUUUGAAAAUUAAAUAAUUCUCACUUUCAUGCAUGAAAUCAGACUGUGCUGCUUCUCUUAUAAUCACACUCAAUGUGGGCCCCAUGUGAUCUAAUCAACUUGUUUAUUUGAAACACAGUUUCGACUCAGUUCAAUUUAUUUAUCAUUAUUAUAGUUACUACAUAACUUUUUGUCCAGUUUAAUCCAAACAUCAACUUUUGCUUGAUUUCAUAUUGUACUUGAAAUAUUAUUUUUAUAACUAAAUAAACAUAAGUAAUAUUAUCAGAUACCACAUACUGCCUGUGUUUACUUCUUGGUAUGUGUACUGUUUUGCAUCACAGCAGAAAAACUGCAUCUGAUUUCUUCAGUUAUUAUGCACAUGAUGGGAAAACUGUGUCACUGACUUUUUUUUGUUUGAAAACAGUUUUGUUUUUGUUAGAUCAAAUACAGUGACAGCUUUAAUAAUAAAUGUACAUAAACAUUUUCUAAAAAUGAAAGAAGAUAAAAGUAGAAGGUGUAAAGAUCAACAGGAAUGAAUUAAAAAAGUUUUAGGAUUGCAGGAUUUUACCACACUUAGCAAUUUUGACCUGCUAUUCAAAGGUAUGACGUUCAGCACACUUAUUUUAGAGCAGUCAAACUUGAAACUGACCAUGCCUCCUUUUGGGUGAGAGUAGUUUGUCUGAAUGUGCAGAGGUAAAUGUGAACUCCAUGAAAACUGUAUCUUUUAAUGGCCAUUGAGACUUUUUGAUCAGCUGACAUUAGAAAACUGUUUCAGAGUCCCCCUGAGUGUUUUCUCAGUUUGCCUCCAUUAAACUAGACAAACGACUUCA